AUGUGGCAGCCUUAUCGACUUGUAUAUUUGCUGCUUUUCAACCAGAUACUUCUUAUAUCAAUUUAUUCUGCAAAGACAAGUGAUCAAUUCAGAGAAAAUCUAAUAAUAAAGCCGUUACCGGACGGCAAAGUACUAACACAUUUUGAAUUCAGCAUUCAUUCAUCUAAUGUUGACGAAUCUGAUUAUGACCUUUUCCCACGAUCAAUCGGGCAAAUAUUCCAGACAUACAAAGCAAGAGAAUUACACCUAACUUUUACUCAAGGAAGAUGGAAUUAUGAAGGAUGGGGUUAUCCUAUUGCACCGUCUGCUGGUACGGGAGUUGAAUUGUGGGCUUGGCUAUGGAAGAAUGAGAAUUUAGAUAAGAAUUGGAGGUCAUUAACGAACGCUCUGGCGGGAGUGUUUUGCGCAUCACUCAAUUUCAUCGAUGAAAGAUCAACUGUUCAGCCGCGAUUAUCUUUUAGACCUGAAGGGGUAUAUAUUGAUUCUGAAUUGUUUAAUAGUGCUGAAUUAAGAUACGGGUCCUUACCUCAUGAGAAUGUUUGUACUGAGAAUUUGACUCCUUGGCUGAAGCUUCUUCCUUGUAAAUCAAAGGCGGGAAUCUCAUCUCUUCUGAAUAGCCAUAAACUUUACAAUUCCAAUUUCCAUUCAAUGAGUGUUCACGUCCAGCCUGUUUGUCAACAAAAAGAAUGCCAUAAUAGUCAGUUGGAAAUAUUGCAAACAGUAUCGACAGUAUUUGAUCCGGUGAGAGAGUCUGGGAAGAGAGAUUGGUCACUAUAUCAAUUGUUUGAUCGUGACAUUACCAGAGCAUGUCCAUUGGCCAUUGAAAGCAAUAUUGUCCUAAUGCUUCCUGAAGUAGAAGAUUAUUCAAUCGAUCCUGAACCAUUUAGUAUUCAAACAGUCGACAGUACAAAGAGGAGAUUCGGAGUUUAUGACUUGACGAAAUCGAAAACUAACUUUAAAUUAAUGAUGAAGUGGAAAGAAGCUUUUUUUGAGUAUGAUAUCAACCCUAUUCAACCGGAUGUUUACGCCCACCGAUAUUUCACUGGAUUUGGACAAGAACACGGAGGAAUUAAAGUCAACUUAUUUAACAGAAAUCCUACGAAUUCGAUAAAUAUUCAGUAUUGUGACGUAAUUCCGUGGUAUCUGAGACUGUAUAUGCACACUCUCAAAGUUACAGUGAACGGCAAUGAGAUAUCGUCAGGACCUUCCUAUCCAAUCAAGCAACUAUUCUACCAACUAGCAGUAGACCGAUCGAGGCCGUCAGUAAUGGAGGCGAACAUUUCACUGCCAGCAGACACUAUUACAACUCUGUCGAUAGAGUUUGAUAAAGCGUUCAUCAAAUACACCGAACAUCCACCAGAUGCCAAUCGAGGUUUUGACGUUGGGUCAGCGGUAAUCACGACAUUAAGUAAGGCUGAAUCCAAAUGGGAUUCCAUUCUCUAUCAGCAGACACAGGACGGGAUAUACACAGAGACUCUUCUUAUAAGCCUUCCCACGCCUGACUUUAGCAUGCCAUAUAACGUAAUAACAUUGACUUGUACAGUUAUCGCUUUGUUCUUUGGGAGCAUGUUUAAUCUUCUUACGAGGAGAUUUGUUGCAUUAGAUAGUGAAAAUCGCGAUAAAAAAUAG